UCGCGACUCCUACCACGGCAACCAACGUUACCGAUCAGAAUCACUUGUCACCGGACCACGAGAGACGUGCAUCGCAUUUUUCGAACUGAACCUUCGCUGGUCCUCAUUGUUAGAAAUAAUCUAUCAAACAAAUAGAACCGAUACGGCAUAAAUUUUGGGAGUGAAAUUUGUAGCUUUGCCGAAUACACUCAAAACAUGAGUACGAAACAUCUGAGUGUCGGAUCUCAAGUCCCACCCUUGGUACCUGGCAAGCUACGAUUGUACAGCAUGCGAUUUUGCCCAUUUGCCCAGAGGGUUCAUCUUGUAUUAGAUGCUAAAAAAAUUCCAUAUGACGUUGUCUACGUUAAUUUAACACACAAGCCGGAAUGGCUGGUGGAAAAAAAUCCAUUGAGUAAAGUUCCGCUGCUUGAACUCGAAGAGGGAAAUAUUUUAUACGAAAGUCUGAUCAUAGUGGAUUACCUGGAUGAGGCCUAUCCGGAACACCGUCUAUAUCCAAAGGAUCCUUUAUUGAAGGCUCAAGAGAAGCUACUUAUCGAAAGAUUUGGUGCUAUAAUAGUACUUAUGAACAAGGUCUAUUAUACCCCGACCAUGGAACGUGAGCAGUUUGUUGAGAUCCUGAACGGCCUUGAAAUCUUUGAUAGAGAACUCGUUAGGAGAGGAACUCCAUUCUUCGGUGGUAAACAACCUGGAAUGGUGGAUCUGAUGAUAUGGCCGUGGUGUGAGCGAGCAGAUUUGAUCAGGAUUCUGAGGGGAGAUCAGUUUGUCCUUCCUCGUGAACGAAUACUUAGACUGCUGGAAUGGAGAAGUGCGAUGAAAGAAGACGAGGCUGUGAAAGGUAGUUAUUUAGACGGAGAAACACAUGCCAAGUUCAUACGCAGUAGGCAAGCUGGCUCAGCCCAAUACGACUUCCUUAUUGCACAAUGAGUGCCUUUUGCGACGAUGUACUACUGCUGAUAAUUAAAUAAUAUACUUAUGCAAUAUUUUAAUGAAAUGGUAAUUGGUUAACUAAUUCAUGUAUGUACAUAAUAUUACAUAUACUUUAUGGAUACAAAUAUUCAUUUUAUUGUCAACUCUGUGAUUAUAUGUGCGAAGUUCAGCUUAUGUUUUCUGUAUGGAUCCAGAAUUGAUCACUAUUCCUUUUUCCCGCCACUAAAAUAAAUACGGACUUUUGUACAAUAUACUACAUAAGCUUGGAAUCAUUUAUUUUACAUUAUUCGGUAUGACAUUACAGACAGGACCAUUUAUUUGUUGCUGAAUACUAAUACGACUGAUACCACCAUUCCACCUGGCACCCGCAAAAGCAGCCUUCUCUCACUGGGGUCUCGUGUUCAGCAACGAAUAAAUGACCGUGUAGAUUGCCCUGUAAAACUUAAAAUACAUGUAAUAAUAAAGUUGUAAAAAAGUAUCAAA